AAACGCUGCUGACAGAAAUAAAGUAGUUUUCGGUGAUUCCACAGCCUUUAACUGAAUAAAAGUACUGUGAGAGCGCAGGGUGAAGCUAGUUCAUUCGCCUCCCGCUUCCCACCGUGGGACAGCAGCGCAAAUGCGCCCAGUCCGGAGGCCCCGAUGAAGCCGCGGCCACUGAGCGCUGAGCUGGCGGGAGCUAUGACAAGGAAGCCCCGGUACAAUUGGAGGGUUUGUGAAGGACAGAGAAGCCGGGAUAAGCCGCUUGGCGCCGGCAGAGAGAAAGGGGAGGGUGGGUGUGGAAGUCCGCUCCGUGUUUUGCUCUUGCUCCCUCCCUCCUUCCUUUCCCCCUCCUCCGCCGCUUUGCUCCUGAACUCCAGCCCCCUCUCUAUCAGCCUCUCACUCCGUCUCAAUAUGUCUCAAGAUGGCGGCCAAUGCGGGAUCGAUGUUUCAAUAUUGGAAGCGCUUUGAUUUACAGCAGCUGCAGAGAGAACUCGACACAACAGCAACAGUAUUGGCAAACAGACAAGAUGAAAGUGAACAAUCCAGAAAAAACCUUAUUGAUCAAAGUCGGGAAUUCAAGAAAAACACUCCAGAGGAUUUGCGCAAACAGGUAGCUCCGUUAUUAAAGAGUUUCCAAGCAGAGAUUGAUGCAUUAAGUAAAAGAAGCAAAGAAGCAGAGGCUGCCUUCCUGAAUGUUUACAAGAGAUUUAUUGAUGUUCCAGAUCCAGUACCUGCUUUGGAUCUGGGACAGCAACUCCAGCUGAAAGUUCAACGUAUGCAUGAUAUAGAGACAGAGAAUCAGAAGCUCCGAGAAACAUUAGAUGAAUAUAACAAAGAGUUCGCUGAAGUAAAAAAUCAAGAGGUUACAAUAAAAGCACUUAAAGAGAAAAUCCGGGAAUAUGAACAGACCCUGAAGAACCAAGCGGAAAAUCUAGCUCUUGAGAAAGAACAAAAGUUACAAAAUGACUUUGCUGAAAAGGAGAGAAAGUUGCAAGAGACACAAAUGUUCACGUCUUCCAAGCUUGAAGAAACUGAACAGAAAGUUCAACUUCUGCAGACAGCCUUGGACAAGUCUCAGGCAGCUUUAUUUGACCUGAAAGCAAAGUAUGAUGAAGAUACAUCAGCAAAGGCAGAUGAGAUUGAAAUGAUCAUGACUGACCUUGAAAGAGCCAAUCAGAGAGCAGAGGUGGCUCAGAGAGAGACAGAGGCCUCGAAGGAGCAGCUUGCCACACUUAACAAAUCUCUCCAGCAUGUGUCCCAGGCACAGAAGGCGUCUGAUACGGAGCAGUCAACAGAAGCAGUGUCCCACACUAGCUUGGAGGUUGAGCUUACUGCAAAAGAACGGGAAAUUGCUCAGCUGGUGGAAGACGUGCAGAGGUUACAGGCCAGUCUUACUAAGCUUCGUGAAAACUCUGCCACUCAGAUCUCUCAGCUUGAACAGCAGCUAAAUACCAAGAACAGCAAUCUCAAACAACUUGAAGAAAAACUGAAGGUCCAGGCUGACUAUGAAGAAAUUAAAAAGGAGCUUAAUAUCCUGAAGUCCAUGGAGUUCAAUCCUUCAGAAGGAUCUGGCACGCAGGAGGCCUCAAAGCCAUUGGAAGUGCUGCUACUGGAGAAGAACCGUUCCUUGCAGUCGGAAAAUGCCACAUUACGCAUCACAAACAGCGAGCUGAGCGGGUCAGCCAGGAGAAAAGGGAAAGACCAGCAUGAGAUUCAGCGUCCUGCAACCUUGCCGGCCUCCCCUCCCUCUCAGUUGCUCCGCAACGCAGGGGAGCAGGCUUCCAAUACUAAUGGUACACACCAGUUUUCACCAACGGGUUUAAACCAAGACUUUUUCAGCUCAUCUAUUGCAAGCCCUUCUUUACCCCUGGCCUCCACAGGAAAAUUUGCACUAAAUUCACUUCUCCAGCGACAGCUCAUGCAGUCCUUCUACUCCAAGGCAAUGCAGGAAGCAGGAAGCACAAGCAUGAUUUUUUCAGCAAGUCCCUUCAGCACAAACUCCAUAUCUUCCCAAAGUCCAUUACAGCAGCCAAGCCCUGAUGUUAAUGGCAUGGCUCCUUCUCCCAGCCAAUCAGAGAGCGCUGGCAGUGUCUCAGAGGGUGAAGAGGUAGAUACUGCGGAAAUUGCACGGCAAGUGAAAGAGCAGUUGAUCAAGCACAAUAUUGGACAGCGUAUUUUUGGACAUUAUGUCCUGGGACUGUCACAGGGUUCUGUCAGUGAGAUACUGGCAAGGCCCAAGCCAUGGAAUAAACUGACUGUACGAGGAAAAGAACCUUUCCACAAGAUGAAGCAGUUUCUUUCUGAUGAGCAGAAUAUCCUUGCACUGCGCAGCAUUCAAGGCCGACAAAGAGAAAAUCCAGGCCAGAACCUGAACAGACUAUUUCAGGAAGUACCGAAAAGAAGAAAUGGGUCAGAAGGAAAUAUCACCACCAGAAUUCGAAGUUCAGAGACUGGCUCAGAUGAAGCUAUUAAGUCUAUUCUAGAACAAGCCAAAAGAGAGUUGCAGGUGCAGAAAACCGCUGAGCCGGCUCAGCCCACUUCAGCAUCCAAUAGUGGUAAUUCAGAUGAUGCUAUCCGGUCCAUUCUUCAGCAAGCACGGCGUGAAAUGGAAGCACAGCAGGCUGUCUUUGAACCUGCCUUAAAAUCUGCAUCAUUAUCUCAAGCUGAUCUUACCAUCAUUUCUCCCAAGCUUAUCCCCACAUCUGCAGUUUCCUCCAUUUCUAGUUACUCCCCUGUUACUAUGUCCUUAAAAAAACAUACAUCUGUCUUGGACUCUGGUAUUUCAACUUUGCAGAACUUUUCUGGUUUAAAAAGAGAGUCCCAAGAGACACCAGUAUUAGAACUCCAUAGCAUAGCAGAUUCAACUCAUGGCAUGAUCCGGCAUGUGAAAAGUGAGCUAGGACGCAGUAGUAUUUGGAAAGACCAUUGGUGGAAUACUAUUCAGCAUGACAGGAGAAAUGCAGUGUCAUCUGAGGAUACAAAGACUGAGGAAACCACUUGUGGGAAAGAGAAGCUAUCUACACAAAACAGAACGGAAAGAAAUCAGCUUCAGGGGCCUUCGUCUUCAGAGUACUGGAAAGAGUGGCCCAAUGCUGAGUCUCCGUAUUCUCAGAGUUCAGAAAUUAGUAUGACUGGCGCUAGCCGAAGUGAAACACCUCAGAACAGCCCCCUGCCAUCCUCUCCAGUUGUGUCCAUGUCCAAACCAGCCAAACCAUCUGUCCCUCCUCUAACCCCUGAGCAAUAUGAGAUGUACAUGUACCAAGAUGUGGAUACUAUUGAGCUGACGCGCCAAGUAAAAGAGAAGCUAGCAAAAAAUGGAAUUUGCCAAAGGAUAUUUGGGGAAAAGGUGCUGGGUUUGUCACAGGGAAGUGUCAGUGAUAUGCUGUCAAGACCAAAACCUUGGAGUAAACUGACUCAGAAAGGCCGAGAACCAUUUAUUAGAAUGCAGCUUUGGCUGAAUGGGGAACUUGGCCAGAGUGUAUUGCAUUCACAAGGACAUCAACAAGGACAAGCUCUGCAAUCUGCAACAGCUCAGCAGGAUUCUCUACAAGAAGGGUUUCCAAGUUCAGAAAGUACUCCAAAGACCUCAGGUAGCUGCAGUCCUGCUCCAGAAUCGCCAAUGAGUUCCAGUGAUUCCAUUAAGAGUCUAACAGAGUUGGUUCAGCAGCCCUGCCCUUCAAUUGAUACCAGCAAAGAAGGUGAAACACAGGAGUCCAGUGAAACGACUUGUGACUCUCAGCCUCCUACACCACUGCCAUUCCCUGGCCAAUCAGCACUGAGCAUACAGGAGCUGGUAGCUAUGUCUUCUGAACUGGACACCUAUGGAAUCACCAAGCGUGUGAAAGAGGUUUUGACAGACAAUAAUUUAGGGCAGCGUCUCUUUGGUGAAAGCAUUCUGGGGCUUACUCAAGGGUCAGUUUCUGAUUUACUGGCUCGUCCGAAACCCUGGCACAAACUGAGCUUAAAAGGAAGGGAACCAUUUGUCCGUAUGCAGCUGUGGCUCAAUGAUCCAAAUAAUGUAGAUAAACUCAUGGAUAUGAAACGAAUGGAAAAGAAAGCUUAUAUGAAACGAAGACACAGCUCAGUGAGUGAUAGCCAGCCCUGCGAGCCCCUCUCAUCUGGAAUAGACUACAGCCAAGGAGCAAGUCCACAACCUCAGCAUCAUCUAAAGAAACCCAGGGUGGUGUUGGCACCAGAAGAGAAGGAAGCUCUUAAAAGGGCUUACCAGCAAAAGCCAUACCCUUCACCUAAAACCAUUGAAGAACUUGCUACACAGCUAAACUUAAAAACCAGCACUGUCAUUAAUUGGUUCCAUAAUUAUAGAUCUCGAAUACGAAGAGAAUUAUUUAUUGAAGAGAUUCAAGCAGGCAGCCAUGGACAGAUUGGUUCUAGUGACUCCCCAUCAGCCACAAGCAGCAGGGCCGCACACAGCUCGGAGGGAGACAGCUGUGAUGGUGUCGAUAUGGAAAGCACAAUGGAGGGGAAGCAUGGAGCCCUUGAUCAAGAUGAGUACAGCAGUCUAAGCAUAAAGUCUCAGGGAGGACAGACUGAUUCUGCAUUUGAAGAGAGCGAAGAUGCCAGACCUACUGAGAAAACAGGAUCCACCCGCCCAAGAGAUGAAAGCCCAGACAACACAGAUGAUGAAGGCCAAAAGAAGCUGCUGGGUCAGAGUUCCCUUUCUGGAUCAAACUGUUCUGGGGAAGGAAUGAGUACAAGAAAAUCUGCUACUGAAAAGCUUUCCUCUACCUCAGCUGCCUCAGGCACAGUCUCUGCAAAGGAGAGUUCCCACAAAUCCGAUUCAGAGAAACUAUCGAGUGUGCCAAGUACAAGUUCACAAAAAGGAAAUUCUAUUCAAAGCUUAUUUAGCUUUUCUGAGACAGCAAGUUCCAAAAACACACGGGACAACACAUUGAGGAAAAAGAAAGCUGCAAACUUGAACAGCAUAAUUCACCGCUUAGAGAAAGCCGCUAGCCGAGAGGAACCCAUCGAAUGGGAGUUUUGAGAUUAAAUUAACCCUGGUUCCAACAAGCUGGGGAAACAAAACUGGACCUUUCACUGGUUAUAUCCUGUCGCGCACUUAUCGCCCUGCAGGCCACAGGGCAAAAACGCCAUAGGCCAAGGUGCAUAUAGAAUUCAAAAGGAGCAUUAAGCCCAUUUUUUUCCUUGUGUUUUCGAGGAUAAAAAACGGAUAUCUGUAGUCAAGCUUUUUUGUACCCUGAAGUGUUUUUACUAUUGCCCUAAGUGAUUUUCACACUUUCUGGAAUAACUCUUACAGCUUUGCCUUGUGCCCUCCUUUUCAGUGUGGGCUUAAAAAUAACAAAAAAAAGAAAACUUGAAAGAAAAAAAAACAACAAAAGAAAGAAAAAAAAAAUAAUGAACCCACACCAUAUAUGGGGCUUUUUAUCUGCCAUGAAAUGGCUGCAGAGCGAUAAUACACUAUGUUCUUCUUGUACAAGGAAAAGGAGGAGAUUUUUUUCAGGAAAAUGUUUUAUUUUAGGUUUUUUUUUCCAUUUUUGGUUUUGUAGCUGUUUCAGUUGCCACUAAGAGAUUGCACAGUCAACUGACUCUAAACACACUAGUUUGGAUUCCUAUUUUCAAGAAAAAAUAGAAAAAACCCAUGCUUCGAACUUCAAAAUAAAACACACAUCUACUCCACUUAUUUUCUAACAAAAUUCACAUCAGGAAAAAAAAAAUCUUAAUUUGUGGUAGCUGACGUAGUGUUUUCUUGUUAGUGGGAUAGAAUCUAGUGCACAUUGUUUCAUAGCUUUAACCGAUUCUGGUCUUUUCCUAGCCAGAAUCUGUUUAUUACACUCCAUUUUAGGCCAAAUCAGGACAAAUGAUCUGAAUUUAGGUAUUUUGUAAUCUGCUUUUUAACCUCUAACCACAGAGCACGCUGAUCAGACCUCAUAUUUUGGAGGGUAAGGGGUACAAGUUGGAAUGUUUCCUAUUGUUCCAAUGAGUCAUAUUUGUUGUUACGCAUCACUGAAGGAUAAAUAGUUACUCAGAAAAUAGAUUUAAUUCGCAAAAUGCUGCCAGAGGCAGACCCUUAAAUGCAAGUCUUUUUUUUAAGUUACAAAAAGGCUUUCUUUUCUCUGAUUUAAUAAUGUAAAUAGAUAAAUAUAACCAAAAUCACAUUUAAUUUUCAUUUGUAGUUUUGAUUUUUUAAGUCUGUUGAACCCCGUUCCAAUUUGUACCCUUUCCUUCCAUGUUGUUGAUAUGUUUGUAUGAGAGCAAAGAAGUGUGAGAAUAAUCGUGUAUGCAAUUUUAUAAGUCUGUGUAUUUUCCUAUGUUAUUGUGCACACAUACGAGUGCAUUACUGCCACCUUUUUUCCAAUAAGCUGGUUUAUCUGUUAUGGCUUCUACAAGUUUUGCUGAACUAGACUCCUUUAUCGCCAUAUCUUAAAAACUAACAAUAGAUGAUUUCAGUAUAUAUAUAUAUUUUUUUUGCUUAUUUAUAGGUGCUGUAUUUUAUUAUCUGAUUGUUAGGAAGGGAUGAAACAGGGCAAAAUAUUCUUUAGAGGGAUAGACUGCCGGCAGUAUUGGGAAUAAUUUACAAGAUGUAGUUGUCAUACUGUAUAUUAUUGAUUUGAAGAUUUUUUUUGACCUUAUUGUGUAUCAUUGAAACAUUUUGUCUUA